CGAUAUGAAGUAUUCGAAAGAUUCUGUUAAUCCUGAAGUUCGAUAAUUCAUAAGAUAAUUCACAUAAUCAUAAUAAGAACUAAAAAUGAAUAAAUAACCUAGUACUGACUAAAGUACAUCAUCAAUUAUCUAAAGUGAUGUAAAGUCAGAUAAUGCUAAAGUAAAAGAAGUAUUCUUUAAAUUGCCAUAACAAUAAGAAAAUAAUGAAAAUAAAUAACCUUAUCUUAAAAUUUCUAAGACUCCAGUUGCAGGUUCAUUUUCUAAUUCUCUCUCUAGUAUUGACUAAGAUAGAUAUACUGAGAUUAUUGUUUAGAAAGUUGUAGAAGAACUAGAAAGGAGAAAUUAUUGUAAGAAAAAGCCUUUAUUAAGUAUUUAACAAAAUACUAUACAAAUGAGUGUUGUACCUAAAAAUGAUUUAGAUUAUUUAGAUGAUGAUUCAUUUAUUCGUCAAAUGUAAAUAAAAUAUAAUUAAUUUAAGAUAACAAACAUUGCUCAGUCCAAAUCAUACACCUAAAAAAGUAUAAAUUAAAGCAUUUGAUUGUUUUGAUUAGAGGUAAAGAAAGUUUUAAGUUCAAAAAGAAUAAAAAUUAUAAAAACAAAGAGAAACUUAAGAACUUACUAAAUUAGUAGAUGAAUUUAAAAAUUAUUUGCUACGUACAAGAUCUUCAGGAAAGUUUUGA